UGCUGCUUCUACUUGAUGUGUUUUAUUAAAAAACUAAUUUUACAAAAGUAAAGAACAGACACCAGCAUGAUUAAAAAAGUAAACAACAAAAGCCGGUUAAUUAUUUAAAUGACAGCAAAUAAUUUAAAUACUAAGUGAUUUAUUUAAAUAUUUGAAAUUAUAAUGGAGAUACCAGAUGAGUUUCCAUUUCCAUUUCCGCCUUAUUCAAUUCAAAAAGAUUUUAUGGUAAAUUUAUACUCAUGUCUAGACAAAGGGAACCUGGGUAUCUUUGAAAGUCCAACAGGUACUGGUAAAUCAUUGUCGAUUAUUUGCGGCGCGCUAAAAUGGCUCAUGGAUUACGAAAAAAAUAACAGAGAUACUCUGGUUAAACAACUGUCAGAUUUAAAUGACAAGUUAAAGGAAAUCAGUGAAGAGUCUAAGGGUGACUGGUUUUCAGAGCAAACCAAGCAGAUGAAAGUCAAUACCGAGCGACAAAUCGUUCAGGAUAAAUUGGAUGCUUUGGCGCGUCGUGAUGAACGUAUGAAUAAAUUUAAAGAAACUGUCAAACAAGAUAAUUUUACAAAGAAACGUCAGUGGAAAGUUAAUAGUAAAAGUAAAAAUAAAAAUAAUUGUAAAGAUGAUGAUAAAGAACCGGACGUUGCUGCUAAAGAUACUGAUGAUGUUGAUACUGAUCUUCUGCUAGAUGAUUUGAAUUUAAAUUCCGAUUCAGAUGAUGAAGAAACACCAGUUGAGUCACUGAAAUACACCCAAUUUUUCUUCUGCUCACGAACUCAUUCCCAGUUGACUCAAUUUAUUGGAGAAAUCAAAAAAAGUCCAUACUCUAAUGCUGUUUCUUUAGUUCCUUUGGCUUCGAGACAAAAUUAUUGUAUAAAUAAAGAUGUCAAGAAAUUAGGGCACGUUAAUUUAAUUAACGACAGAUGCUUGCAAAUGCAGCGAAAAAAAGUUACGGUAAAAAAAGAAAAAGAUCUAAAAAGAUCUAAGACUUCAACGAGUUGUCCAUUUAAUCCUGGUGAUCAGUCGCUGCUGAUUGCUGAUAUUGUCACGACGAUACAGGAUGUAGAAGAAAUUGCCGAUGGCGCUAAACAAUUAGAAACCUGCGCUUACUAUGCAUCCAGACGGUCGUUACCUGACAGUCAAGUUGUCCUGGUACCUUACAAUAGUAUUUUGCAUAAAAAUACGCGAAUCAGUUCGGGGAUUGAUUUAAAAAAUAAUGUUUUGAUAAUUGAUGAAGCGCACAAUCUUUUAGAGGCCAUUGAAAAUAUGUACAGCUCGACAGUUACUGGCAGACAUAUUUUACAUUGCUAUAGCCAACUUACCCAGUAUCAAAAGAGGUUCGAGAAUCUUUUUUCAGCAAAAAAUGUUUUGUAUCUGAGUCAGCUUAGUUUUUUUUUAAAAAAAUUAAUAAAAGUAUUAGGAGGUACAUCAAGAUCUCAGUCAACUGAUAAAGUUGACAGUAGUUUACAAUCAGCUGUUUAUUCAAUUGAAAAAUUUGAAACGUUUGCAGAAAUUGAUACCGUCAAUGUAUUUGAGCUUUUACAAUUUAUUAGUUCGUCUAAAUUGAUUCACAAGCUUCGUGGGUAUGUUGAAAAAUACAGCGGGGACUUGAAGGUACGUCAAGUGGUGACAAAAAAGUCUGGAGUAUCGGCCUUUUUAAAUGCACUUCAGGGAAAAGAAUCAGUGGAGGCUGAGCCUACGGAAAGACAAGAUAAUGAAAGUACUUGUGAUAAUCCACUGAUAUUUAUUAUAAGUUUUUUGGAGUCGCUGAAAAGUAACAGUGCGGAUGGGAGAAUUUUUAUAAAACCCGGUCCGACAGUAGGCCAGGGUUCGAUUAAAUUUUUACUAAUGAAUCCCGCCGCGCAUUUUCACGACAUUGUUAAGGAAGCGAGGUCUGUUAUCUUGGCAGGAGGUACAAUGGAGCCUAUUUCAGAGUUCAGAGAUCAAUUAUUCAUUGGGGCUGGAGCUGAACCUAAGCGUAUUGUCACAUUUUCAUGUGAUCACGUUAUACCAAAAGAUAAUAUUCUUACGAGAAUAGUGACUCAAGGACCCACGGGAAUUAAAUUUGAAUUUAAUUAUCAAAAUAGAGACAACAAAGAGUUGCUUAAUGAACUUGGUAGGACUCUAAAGAAUUUAUGUAAUAUAGUUCCUGGUGGAGUUGUUGUUUUUCUUCCGUCUUACAACUACGAAUCAUCUCUGUACAAGCAUCUAGAAGCUACUGGAGUUGUUGCUAACAUUAGUAAUAAGAAAAAAAUAUUUCGCGAGCCAAAGCUUGCGUCUCAAGUGAAUGCAGUACUUGACAGCUACGCUGAAGCUGUCAAGACUCCAGCUGCUCCGCAAAAUGGAGCGAUUUUAUUCAGCGUCGUCGGGGGAAAGCUCAGCGAGGGUUUAAAUUUUUCCGAUGAUCUAGGACGAUGUGUCAUUGUCGUCGGUAUGCCGUACCCUAAUAUUAAGUCACUGGAGCUUCAGGAAAAAAUGAAAUAUCUCAAUGAAAACGUAAAAGCUGGCGCGGGUAAUGAGUACUAUGAAAAUUCAUGCAUGAAAGCUGUCAAUCAGUGCAUCGGUCGUGCUGUCAGACACAUAAAUGAUUAUUCUACUGUUGUUUUACUUGAUAGAAGAUAUUCUAAUAAAACUAAGUCACUGCCAGGAUGGAUUCAACGCACGUUAGCAAUUCAUAGUACUUUUAAUAAUACAAUCAGUGAUGUCGCUAAAUUUUUUUCAGCGAAAAAGAAAAAAAUGUGAUUUACAAAGUAUUUUUUUAUGAACUUUUUAUAAUAAAUAUUAAUACCUUAUAUUUUUCUAUUUAAGUUUCGAUCAUAAAUAUUUUUUA